AGGGAGGGGGAGAGAGAGAGAGAGAGAGAGAGAGCAAUGGAGUCCGACAUGGAGAUAAGCUUGGAUUUCUCUUGGGAGACGCCUAGCUUCUUCGAGCUCUGCGACGCAGAUAGCAUGCACCUGCCAGCUGAGGACUCUCUGUCCUGUCUGUACGAGCACGGCGACUCAACUAGCUCGCCGGACGGCGCCAACUCGGGGCUGACGAGGAGGUGGGCUGGCAGGAACAUGCUCAACGAGAGGGACCGGCGCAGGAGGCUCAACGAGAAGCUCUACGCCAUUCGCGGCGUCGUUCCAAACAUCACCAAGAUGAACAAGGCGUCCAUCAUCCAGGACGCCAUCGCCUACAUCGAGGAGCUGCAGGAGCAGGAGCGCCAGAUUCUCGCCGCCCCUGGAACAGAUGGCUGCGCCGCCGUGGUCCAGGCGGACUCGACCGUGGACGAUGGCGUCGGCUCCCCGCCACGGACUACCUCCGCCUCCUCCAUCUGUUCCCCUUCCCCGCAUCCGGUCCAAAUCCUCGAGCUGGAGGUGAUGCAGGUGGCAGAGGAUCUGGCAGUGGUUAACGUGAGACAUAGAAAAGCGCAGGAGGCCAUGGCGAAGGUGUAUGGGGUGCUCGAGUCGCUCUGUCUCAAUGUCAUCACGGCAAGUGUGACCGUCGUGUCCGACAACAUUGUCCACAACAUGUUCAUCGAGGUUUACGCAAAGAGGGAGAAUACCGGCAGCUGGAACUCUGGACCUGAAAAAGCUAUGUCAGAUAUACCUAUUCUGCACAUCUCCAAAUGAGCUGAAAUUUUACAGAGAAUUAUUUUGGAAUAUAUAAUAAAUAUUGGAGAAAAUAACUACCAGAGAGGGGCUGCUAGGUGCCCACAAGACACCAGGGCGCACCAACCCCCCCAGGCGCACCUUGGUGAGUGGUGGGCAGCCUGGUCCACCUCUGGUGCCCAUCUUCUAGUAUAUAAGGUCUUUUAACCUAGAAAAAAUAAGGAGAGAAAUUUUGGGAGGGAGCACUGCCGUGUCGAGGCGGAACUUGGGCAGGAGCACUUUUGCCCUCCGGCGGAGUGAUUUCGCCGGGGAACUUCCCUCCCGGAGAGGGAAAUCGAAGCCAUCGUCAUCACCAACAACCCUCUCAUC